ACGAGUAGAGAAGAUGUACUGUUCUUAAUACUGAAAUGCCCUGGUUUCUGUGUUAAGUUAGUAUGAAGGCAAGGUGGUGGCAUGUGCAGAUUGUGUGCUCAGGUGACUGCCUUGUCACCUGUGACAAACAGGGCCCUUUUCUGUAGCAAGAGUCAUUUGGAUCAGUAGGGAUGGAGGAAAUAGGUGCUCCAAAAAAGCAAAGCGAUUGCUGCAGAAAAAUCUGAAUUUAAGAAAAAACUACUUGUGUCAUAUUUUCAGAGCAUAAAGAACUGAAAUUGGGAGUGUUUAUGUAUUCAUUACAUGAUGGGAAACCAUGAAGUGUUCAUCACAUCGGCUCCAAAGUGCUAAUGAAAUUUCUUCUGUGACAAUCAGCUGGACUGCUCCCCUUUUAUACACCUCAUCCUUUCCCUGUUCUUUGUCACUGCAAAUGUGAUUUGAAAAAAAUCUGGGUUUUCUGUGCUGUGAACUGUCAUGAGCCCCCAAGGCGGGCAGAGGCUGGCAGGGUGAGGUGGUGCCUGAGCAGUUGAGAUCUGAGGAGGAUGCUGGCAUUGCCUGGCAAAGGCAACUCUCCUGGAACACUUGGAGACUUUGACAGCAGUUCUGAGACCACCCAUGGCUCCCAGGCCAGCUCUAGUUUCAAGGAUUCCUGCUGAUGCUUUUCUUGAGGGAAGCCAUGCCCUACCACAGAGUCCUUCGCCUGGUCCUGCUGACGCUGUGCAGCAUCCUGGUCCCUGCUGUGCUGGCAGUGGAACAUUAAUCAUUUUAGCACAGUUUCAGCUUGUGCUUUGCUCUUGCUCUCAGAAGCACUGGCCAUGCUCUUCCCCCAUACCAGAGUACCCGCAGGGCUCAGUGCCCACCCUCUGGAACGAGCCGCCCGAGGUGCCCUCCGGAAGUGGUCCCUUCGAUGCUGCCACCACCACCGCCCGCCCGUCGGAUGCCACUGCCUUCCCCCCGUACACCUCCGAGCUGGAGCCCGAGGACACCACCCACCUGCACCGGCUGGAUGCCGGGGACGGCUCACUGGGGCCUGGAGCUAUUGGUGCCAUUGUCAUCGCCUCCCUCCUGGGUACAUCCGUGCUUGUAGCCUUGGUCAUCAUCACACUGAGAAAGUUCUCGGCUUCCUGA